CCUCUCCCUCUCCCUCUCCCUCUCCCUCAUAUGUUUAUUGUUUUUUCUUUUCUUUUUUUUUUGGCUGGGACUGGUAAUCUAAAUCAACAAAUCACCUUCUGGGCAUCCAAGUUCCGUUAUCCAGCUUCCUCUCAUAACAUUAAUGGCUGCCACAGGCUCCCCUGUAUGCGCCCAAAAACCCGCCCAUCGAUCCCACUCACACCAACUCAUAAAAGCUUACAUCAAAUCAAAUAAGAGUGUCUUAAUAAUUCCUUCUCACACACAAAUGGAAUUUACUGCCCAUUCUCUUUCCCUCGCCAGCCCAACGCUCCCGAAGCGCUUUGGCUGUUCUCCUUCCCUCUCUCCAUGCAAAUUGACCUCUCUCCCUGCUUUAGAUUCUGUAACUUUUCUGGGUUUUAGCAACUUCCGUACACAGUUGCAAGGUAGUAGAGUUAAAGUCGCGCAACGGAGGAGCUUUGGAGCUAUACGUGCAUCUAAUGCUGAAAGUCCUUCAACAGUUGAUGCAGAAAGAUGGCUUCUUGAACCUGUAGGUGAUGGAGACUCAAGGCACAUAGGUUUUAAGGUUCCAAUGCCAGGGGCAUUUGAAAUUGUUUCUAGUGAGGUGAAGGUUGGUCGUCUUCCUGAGAAAGUGGAUAUGGUGAUUCCAGUUGCAACAGUAUCUGGUUUGCACGCUCGCAUUCAGAAGAAAGAAGGGAAUCUUUUGGUUACUGAUUUGGACAGCACAAAUGGGACAUUCAUUGAUGACAAGCGGUUGAGACCCGGUGCUGUUGCCACUGUAUUACCUGGAAGCUGCAUUACGUUUGGGGACACACACCUGGCCAUGUUCCAGGUGUCCAAGCUUGAAAAUGUUGAAGCCCCAAGAAAACCAGCAGCACCCGAAGACAUAUUGAAGACUGGCAGCCGAACCAGUGGUUCAGAAACCACAGCAUAAAACUAAGGAUGCAUUUCUUAGACAAGAAGGGGAGCAUAGGCACAAUGGUAAAGUUGUUGCUGUGAGAUUUGAAAGUUACACAGGUUCGAAAUGUGGAAAUAGUCUCUUACAAAAAAUGUAAGGUAAGACUGCAUACUAUAAACCUAUUGUGGUCUGCCCCUUUCCCUUCCCCGCAUACGCAGGAGCUUUGUGCAUUGGGUUUUUUUUUUUUAAUAUUUUAUUUUAUUUUUAAUGCAUUUCUCAGGAAAAUCAGUCAAUGGAUAUAUCGAGGUAACCAUUCUACAAGGAUGUGUAACUUAAUACUUUUACUUUUUUUUUCUUAUUUAUUUUAAAUGAUAGCAUGUGUAUCCUUUUGGAAAUAGCAUCUCAACCUUAUUCCCAAUUUUUUUUUUUGAAGAAAAAGACCAAAAGAAAAUAUGCUUUAUCA